CGGCUCUGCUCGCUCGGGCGUCGGACCGGAGCCGCUGGGGCGCGGGCGACGCAGCCCCAGCAGGAACCGAGACAAUGGCCUCGAAGCCAGGGAAGAGGGUCGCCUCGUCUGUCUUUAUCACGCUGGCCCCCCCGCGGCGAAACAUGGCAGUGGCCGAGGAAGUGAAGCGGGCGGCUUGUGAGGCCCGGCCUGGCCGCCCCUGGGAGCCCCCUGCUGCCGUGAAGGCGCCCGGGGCUGGCUCGGCAGGAAGGCCCAGCCCUUGGACCCCCCCUGCCAGGGCGGCAGCCACCGUGCCAGCCGUACCACCUCAGCUCUCCAACGGAGGAUGUUCUCCCCCUCCUCCUACCUUGGAUGGCGAGGACACACUCCCCGACCUGGACCUCCUCCCACCUCCACCGCCCUCCCCUGAUGAGGAGCCCCCUGCCUCGAUGGGAGCAUCACUCAUUUCAGACUUAGAGCACCUGCCCCCGCCCCCACCCCCACCCCAGUCCCUGCUGGAGGGGCCUCCACUCCAGCCCCGGCCCGGUCUUGCCAGGCCCGCAGGGGAGGAGCUUCUGCCUCCCCCAGAAGAACCUGUUGGCCCCCACGAGAAAGCGGCAUCCACAGACGUCUGUGCCUUCUGCCACAAGACCGUGUCACCCCGAGAGCUGGCCGUGGAGGCCAUGAAGAGGCAGUACCACGCUCAGUGCUUCACGUGCCGCACCUGCCGCCGCCAGCUAGCUGGGCAGAACUACUACCAGAAGGACGGGCGGCCCUUCUGCGAACCCUGCUACCAGGACACCCUGGAGAAGUGUGGCAAGUGUGGCGAGGUGGUCCGGGAGCACAUCAUCAGGGCCCUGGGCCGGGCCUUCCACCCGGCCUGCUUCACGUGCGUCACCUGUGCCCGGUGCAUCGGGGAUGAGAGCUUUGCCCUGGACAGCCAGGAUGAAGUGUACUGCCUAGACGACUUCUAUAGGAAAUUCGCCCCCGUGUGCAGCAUCUGUGAGAACCCCAUCAUCCCUCGGGACGGGAAGGAUGCCUUCAAAAUCGAGUGCAUGGGAAGGAACUUCCAUGAAAACUGCUACAGGUGUGAGGACUGCAGGAUCCUCCUGUCUGUGGAGCCCACGGACCAAGGCUGCUACCCACUGAACAACCGCCUCUUCUGUAAGCCGUGCCACGUGAAGCGGAGCGCCGCAGGGUGCUGCUGAGGGCACCCACUGGGCCUGGGGACUCGAGGAGGGGUGGGGGUGGGGGGACCUUUCCUGACUCAGUUUGCCUUUCUGACCCACUCUUGCACACUUUCCUUCUGAGCCGGGACAGGGACCAGCCUGCAGCUCCGCCUACCAUGUCUGGGACACAGGGGCUGAGCCGCCCCGGUCCCCUCCCGGCUCAGAGGUGGGCGACUGGCAGACCGUGCUCCUCAGACUUUCCACUCCUCCUUCUAGCCUCUGGGCUCAGAAAGGCUUCCAGACCAGGAGCCUCGUGCCAAGGGUUCCCAUCUCCAAGGCUCUAGCCCCUCUCGAGCGCUGGCCUUGAGCCCCAUUUCCGUGGGUGAGUUGGAGUGAGUUCUCUAGAUGACACCCCAUGUCCCUAGCAAUGACACUUUAGCUGUCCCAUAGGGGAUUACUAAGACCAGCCCUGGCUUGCAGGACUGAGCUGUUUGGGGAAACCUCCAGGGUCCCUUAAAAAGCCCUUUUCUAAAAAUUUGAGAUUUAAAUGGUGAGAAACAUUCUUUGGAUUUGGGGCAAGGUGGGGAUCUUGAUAGGAAAUGUCUCAUAAACGUACAAGACUGAGGCCUAGUGGUGGCAACCUUGGACUUCUCACCUGGAGGACAUGUUGUGCCGACAUGGGGACCAGACCCAGGUAUGAACCUGAACAGCAGGGGCAGGAGGAGAGGGUGAUAUAUGCUGAUACACCAGGCACUCAGCCCCCCUCUGCCCUGCCUUCUGGCGCUCCUCCCGGAGUGACAGUGAUUCAGCAUUGACUAAGUGCCAUUGUAUGUUGCGGAACAGGGCCCAGGAGCUCUGAGUGUUCCUCCUACAGCCUUGACUGGGCUGUGCACACAGACCCCACACGUGGGCACACUCUUCCAGGACAGUGCUGGGGUGACCCUUCAGCCUCCCUGUUUAUCCCCCCAACCCAGGCUACCCUGUGGCCACUGCUUCCUCAAGGCCAUACCUAGAAGAUUCUUCUUCCCUUUUAAGGAAAAUCACUUUUGUUGCUUUGUAACUCCUAAGACAUCUUGUAGGACAUAAACAAAUUAAACAAAAUGUACUUUCCUCCCUGGGGUGGUCUGGAUGCACCACGCACUCCUGUGGGGAUGCCUUAGGCUCUGAGGACCCAGAGGGUCUCCCUGUAGAGCCCCUUAGGGGCCUCAGAGCAGAGCCCAGCUUCCGGCUCGAAGCUUGGAGAGUGAGUCCCAAACUCCGGGCAUUCACGUACCAGAGUGAGUCCCAAACUCCGGGCAUUCACGUACCACCUCCACAAUUCUUGUUGUAACCGAGGACCUCCUGUUCUCUUCUUCCUGAAUAUUCUCUUUGACUCAACAUAUUUUUUAUUUUACUUCUUUCGAACUUUAGUCUUAUGCUAAACAAUAUAUCCUACAGUCACAUCUUAUGUGCUAGUUAUGUUUCUUCCUAUUACACAUGAA